AUAUCUCCACUACUACUACUGCGGCUACUGUGACUGGUGGUAGUCUACAGCUGUUGUUUCUCUGGAGCCAUACACAGCACUAGUAAAGGAAGUGGCUCAUCUGCGCUCCCCCUCUUCUCUCUUGUGAAUGAAUGGCAGUGGGAUUGGAGUCAUUGGACCUGAGGGGCUUUCGCACAAACUAACGGCAAAAGGCUAUGGAUGUUACUGGACGAUAACAGCAGGUCGUGAGAAGACAUGCAGCACACGUCGUGUACCGAGGACCGGAUCCAGCAUGCUCUGGACCGAUGUCUGGAUGGGCUCAGACCCAGCCCCACGGCACCACAACCCUGGAACGUCCUGAUGUGCUCAGCGGGCCAGUCGAUGAACCGCUGGAGUCUGGAGGAAUUGGUGAAGAGAGACCCAGAGAACUUCCUCAUCCUCCUGCAGCAGAUCCUCAGGAAGACCCGAGAGGUCCAGGAUCAGUGUCAGUAUGAGCUUGUGGCUCCCCUCGCUAUCAUGUUCUCCUCCACUCUGUUACAGACCCCCUUCUGUCCCCCUGCCACGGAGCUGCUGGAGGAGGCCUGUGAGGUGUUUGGCUGUUUCCUGACUUGGCCAGAGCCUUACUGCAGCGUGUGUAAAGGACUGCUCUCCACCUUACACCAGGAACUCAAGGCCCCAGGCAUUUCCUAUCACAGACUGGUGAGAGAAGAGCAAGGCCUGGCCACCUCAAAACAUCGCUCAAAAACAAUGACGGUUCUGUUGAUGAACCCUAGUGAGGUGCCUCCUGAGUUCCUGUCUGUAGCAGACCAACUGAGUAGUAUCCAACGGUCCCAGAGAGAGACAUACAUCACCCUGGUCAAACAUGCCUAUCAGGCUACCCUGGGCACAAAGUACCCCCUGGCCAGCAUCCACAAAGCCCUGCAGGUCAAGAGUCUAGAGGAGCUGGCGGAGAUCUUCUCCAUGGUAACCGACGUCCUGGAGACGGCCGCCGCCAUGGACGACCCGGCGAAAGGCCGUGAUCAUGUGACCCAGGGCCUGGAGGAGCUGAGGGAGAAGAUGGGCGUCCCAGCGUCCAAUGGCAGGAAGUCUGACGGAAUGCUGCAAACUCUACCACUGCCCACAGCCAAGUGCUACAUGUUUCACUGGGACAAGGACAACUUUGACAUCCUCAACACCAUCCUGGAGAACGAGCAUGACCUAACCGGCUUCCAGACCUCCAGUGGUCAGGGUAACGGCGAGGAGGAGGAGGAAGGGGCAGAGUUCGACCUGGAAGAGGGAGAGGAAGGAGAGGAGGAGUUUGUCUCCGCCAUGUCUAUGUACAACUGCUGCAGCAUGGACCACCGAGCCUCUACCUUCUCCACCGUCUCCUCCCUCUCCACUGCCUCUAAAGACUCCAUGUACUCCACCUUGUCCUUGGCCUCCGGAUCCUACGCCCCCUCCGUUCUCUCAGUCACUUCCGGCAUCGACAGCGACUUCUACGAAGACCCCGAGGACGCCACCUCCAGCCCCUCCCCGUUGGAACGGAGCCCAUCAUCCGGGAAGUCAACCAAAGCUUCGGCCCGUCUGAGCCAGCACUUCUCCCGUUUCUUCAAGACAAAGACGCAGUCCCUGACCAGAGCCAAGAGCCUCGGCAGCCCAGAUGCUAAGGACUUGGUCGCGGUUCGUUCAAAGCGCUCCAACUCCCUCCCGCAGCAGGUGCACCUACGCAGCCCAGACUCCUUGUUCCAGACCCCCUGUACCUCCCAGGCCCUCAAGCACGUGUGCUUCCGCCGGAGGCCCAUCCUGAGCAGUGACGAGGAGGGUGACAGUAAUGCCACCACCCUGAGGGUGGUAGUGUUCGGGGCCGACCACGUGGCGGGCAAGGUGGCGAGGGCCUAUAGUAACCUACGCCAGAGAGAGAACGCUUGCCCGAGCCUCAGCAGAGCCUUCCGGCUGCAGUUCUUCUUUGUGCCCGUGAAGAGGGACGGUGUUGUGAGGUGCCCUAGCCCCGGAGGGCAGUCGGCUAGCCCACGGAGAGGAAGUACAGAGCUGAACAAUCUGGGCACAGAAGACAGCACUAACGACAUAGCCCGUUUUAUUGGUAUGCUGGACCCCUGGUACGAACGCAACACCUUGAGCCUGCUCAGUCUACCAGCCAACGUGGUGUGUCAGCAAACCUCUAAGAUAGAGUCCGAGUUGUAUGAUAGUUCCUAUGAGGAUCGUCUGCCCAUCCUGGCUGACCUGGUGCUGUACUACUGUCGCCAUGCCACCAGGCCUGCACUGAUGCAGCUCUACCAAGCUGAGAUGACGUUAGCUGGAGGCGAGAGGAGGACAGAGGUUUUCAUUCACUCCCUAGAGCUGGGCCACACCGCGGGGACACGAGCCAUCAAGGCUAUGGGUGCCGCAAGCAAGAGGUUUGGGAUCGAUGGCGACCGGGAGGCAGUCCCUCUGAUGUUAGAGGUGGUUUACAACAGGGUGGUUAUCAGUGGGAGAAGUCAAUGGAUGCAGAAAGACAAAGUUUGCACCUCCAUCAACCUGACCAAAGCCUGCAAGAAUCCAGAGGAACUAGAUUCAAAGAUGGAGUGCUUGCAGUUGACAAUGACAGAAGUACUGAAAAGGCAAAACUCAAACAAAUCUAAGAAGGGCUACAAUCAGCAACUGAGUAUUACUGAGGUGAAGGUGGACAAGGUGCAGGUCAGUGGGACUGGUAACACCACCUUCGCUGUGUGUCUGGACCAGGAUGAGAAGAAGAUCUUCCAGGGUGUCACCAGGUGUGAAGUAUCUGUAUGCUACAAGCCUGACAGCUCUACAGACUGGAGGUUAGGCCAGGGCCUGUCCGCCCAGAUCCAGCCUCUCCACCCCACCUUCUGCUCCCUCCUCUGCCUGCCCAUAGCCACCUUCAGUGGGGCACAGCCCUGACGGGGGAAUACCAGCCUUAAAAAUAUAUAUACUUGAAUGUAUUUCUGACACUUUUUAGACAGCUGGUAACAGAGGGGGAGACUAGUAAGUGGAGGUGAAAAGCCUAGAGUCUGUGGACCAGACUAAAAUGAAAGGAUGAGACUCUUUUUGGAGCCAAGGGACAUUAUGGCUGCUGGAUGGUUCAGUGAACCACCCUCCUGUGAUGACUAACAUUGCCUGAGACCUACAGACGUCCGUUGGGCUAACAGUCUUGUGACAUUCAGGAGACCCGGGUUCAAUACCCAGUUGCUAAAAUGGACACUAUGGAUGAUGUAAAUGAUGUACAUUUGUAUACUAUAUAUUUCUUCCCUCAAAAUAACGUCAUCAUUACACUGUAGCUACACUGGCAUUGGCGCAAGGUAUUUGGAAGCACUGAAGUCCUCUCUUCCUGCACUGCAAUGAGCAACGGUUUCCUGAAAUGGGACAUUUCUGAAAUAUCACAGUGACUUCUUCUUUAGACCAGCAGGGGAGUCUCUUGUGUUCACUUUCCCACACUAGAGUAACUUAUGUCAGGAUAAUGAGGUAGGAAAAUAAGCCUUUUCUCAGGACUCCACAGACUCAUCCAAUAGCAAUUAUGUUAAAUGUUGUUUUUACAUUUUGAAUGUAUAUAUUUGACGUUGUAUUAAAUAAUCCUAUUUUAACAUUCCAUUGUACAUAAUAUAAGAUGUAUCAUACUAAGUAGCACCCUGUCAUGUUUAUUUGACACUGUAUUUGACAUAAAAUAUAUAUUUUUGUUUAGCUGAUACUGAUGACCGCAGGGACGCAGAAAGAACAUAGAUAUUCCAGGGUAGAUUGACAUGGUGUCAUAGACCAGUCUAUGGUGCUACUGAAUAUACUCAUCCAGUCUUUUUGUUAAUCAGUUGUCUAAUUUAUUGUUGUCUACAGCUUUGCACAGAAAAUAUAUAGCACAAUAUCAAAAUAUCAAUCAUAUAGCAGAAUAGAAUGCACAGUAAAAUUGCUUAAAGGGUGAGGUUGGUAUUUUAGAAAUAUUUGUGUUAAACCCAGAGCCCUACCCAUGUUUAUCCUGACUGUGACCUAACCAGUUUUUCUAUGAGGUCAGGAAAACACCACAGAUUAAUACAUUACACAUGAGUCUACAAAACAGUAAGAACACAUUCCUUAUAUUGAGUUACACCCUCUUUCGCCCUCGCAACAGCCUCAGUUCGUCGUGGCAUGGACUCUACAAGGUGUCGAAAGCCCUUCCACAGGGACGCUGGCCCAUGUUGACUCCAAUGCUUCCCACAGUUGUCAAGUUGGCUGAAUGUCUUUUGGGUGGUGGACCAUUGUUGACACACACAGGAAACUGUUGUGUGAAAAACCCAGCAGCGGUUCAGUUCUGGAAACAUGCAAACCGGCACCUUCUAUCUUACCUUGUUCAAAGGCUCUUAAAUACUUUGUCUUACCCAUCGCCUGAAUGGCGCACACACACACAAAAAAAAUCCUUCUUUAACCUGACUCCUUAAGUGACAUCAAUAAGUGAUCAUAGCUUUCACCUGGAUUCAAAUCGAACUUUAUUUGUCACAUGCGCUGAAUACAACAAGUGUAAACCUUACCGUGAAAUGCUUACUUACAAGCCCUUAACCAACAGUGCCGUCUACAGUAUGUCAUUGAAAAAGCAGGUAUUCCUAAUGUUUUGUACAUUCAGUGUAUAUUGCUAUAUAGUUAACUUCAAUAAACAGAAAUGAAAGGUACUGUACAUGUAACAACAUAUCACAAAAUAGUGUUGUCUGGCACUUCUGUUCUCUCCAUAUGGUACCAAUUUUUAUGUUAGUCUUUAUUUUGUGUCUUAUCAAUGUUCUAUAAAUUGUUUGUAUAAUAUGAGAAAUCCUACAAGAAAUAAAUAAUGAAAAAAGAUAAAA